AUGUCCAAGAGCCCGAUCGACGCGGCGCUCGACCGCGCGGGAGGUAGCUCGUACUAUUACGCGCACGAGCGCAGGACGACCGACGACAUCGCCGCGCCCUUGCCCCCAACCUGCGGCACCAAGAUCGACCCGUCGCCCAUCGGAUCACGCGUCGACGAGAGUGAACGCGCGAGCCUGGCGAAGAAGAGCGACUACUAUUACGCGCACGGGGUUUCCGACGCGGCCGCGACCGAGCCCCGCGCGCCGAUGCCCCCGGACGGGGGCACCCUGCUCGCGGUCUCCCGCCGCGCCGGUCACGUGUCCGCGCCCGCCCCCGAGCCCCUGCGGGAGUACUACUUCGAGGACGCCGACAGGUCCGAUUACGUCACCGUCACGUUCCCGCUCCGACGCGUCGGCGCCACGCACGGGAGGGGCGCCGCCGCCAGAGAACGCGCCGCCGCCGACGCCCUCGUCCUCGCCGCGCCCGGUCGGAUCAGCAGCGAGGAUACGGACGCGAGGGGCGACGGGGUGUACGUGACGUUUGGUAAAAGAAACAGCCGAAGCUUCGAGGUGGAGGUGAUCGGCCACGUCGACGAGGAGCACGACCCCGAUAACCCGUACGAGCCCGAGCCGGUUGGACGGCACCUCAGGUUCAGGUGCGAGCGGACGUUCGACGAGUUCAUCGCGGAGAGGUGCGAUUGGAAGGUUCUCAAGAACGCCAUCAAGGUUAGGCUGUGCAAGAACCCGGAGGGGCCGAAUAAGUACCGAGCUUGGAAGAGGGUCAUCUACUGA